GGCGGAGUCUGUUUCCAGGAAGUAAGGAGCGUGACCAUUGGCCCUCACACUGUCGCUAACUCUGCCCGUCAUCCCCGCAGCUAGUGUUUUACCUCAACCCGUUCUGAUUCCACCAUCAUGGGGGACGACGAAGAGAAGUAUGACGGCAUGUUGCUGGUUAUGGCGCAGCAACACGAGGGAGGUGUACACGAGUUGGUAAACACAUUUUUCAGCUUCCUCCGCCGCAAAACCGAUUUCUUCACGGGUGGUGAUUCAGGUGCUGCAGAGAAAUUAGUGAAGGAUGCUUUUGCCCACCACAGUAAGCUGGCGCUGAAGUCCAACAAAGAGAAGCAGAAGAAGCAGGAGAAGGAGAAGAGAGAGAAAGCUGAAAGAGCUGCCAAGCUGGCAGAGGAAGAGAAGAAAAAGAAGAAUGACGACGGUCCCAGAAUUCAGGAACUGACUGAGGAAGAAGCAGAGAAACUUCAGUCUGAACUUGAUAUGAAAAAGAAAGAAGAAGCGAAAAUGGAGAACACAACAACUAAGGCAGAAAAGUCACCUGACGACGAAAAAAAAGAGAAAGGGUCUGACUCUGAGGGAGAGGAAGACGAGAAGGACAAAGACAAAAUGAAGCCGAAUGCAGGGAACGGAGCUGAUCUGCCCACUUAUAAGUGGACACAGACCCUGUCUGAAGUGGAUCUGGUAGUGCCUUUCGACGUGAAGUUCCGCGUCAAGGGGAGAGACGUGGUGGUGGACAUCCAGCGGCGCUCCAUCAAAGUCGGCCUGAAAGGACAUCCUCCCAUUAUUGAUGGACAGCUCUACAACGAGGUGAAGGUGGAAGAAAGCUCUUGGCUCCUCGACGACGGCAAGGUGGCCACUGUGCACCUGGAAAAGAUUAAUAAAAUGGAGUGGUGGAACAAGAUUGUUACCACAGAUCCAGAAAUCAACACCAAGAAGGUCUGUCCAGAGAACUCCAAGCUGUCAGACCUGGACGGAGAGACACGUGGUAUGGUGGAGAAGAUGAUGUACGACCAAAGGCAGAAAUCAAUGGGGCUGCCUACAUCUGAAGAACAGAAGAAACAAGACAUUCUUAAAAAGUUCAUGUCUCAGCACCCAGAGAUGGAUUUCUCUAAAGCCAAAUUCAGCUGAGAUCGCUGUCGUCAGUAGAAUCCACAUAACGAUUCUCGAGGAUAUCACGUGAAACAUGUCAAAGCCGAUGUCGGGCACCAACCAACCUGCCCAUCGUGCUUCCUCUUAAUACUGGACAUGGUUUCUGUUAAUUUACGGUCUUAACUGCACAGGUUUCUGUCUGUUUUGGUUUGUUAUGAGAACAGGUUUGAUGACAUUAUGUCCAUGUCCUCCCUUUGCAUGUCGUCAGAAUAUUUAAAAAUGUCUGGAUUUUUUAAUAAAUGAAUUUAAAAUGUAAA